CACAACGGCCACUGCGGCAGCGGGGCGGGGAUUUUGGGGUUUCCCGAGGCGAAAAAGCGAGAGGAAACCGCGGAGCGGAGGCGUCGGACACAGGUCCCUCGUCCCUUCCGACCUCGCUCGCCGCUCCUCUCCUACCGCGACCCUUCCUCCAGCCGCCAUUACUAGCGAGUAGGCGGGGGAGCAGAGGCCACUUGGCACCACUGGACCGAGCAGAGCGAGCGCGGGGGAGGAGACCGACCGGAGCAGCAAGCACCCGCCCGCCGCGCCGCGCCGCGCCGGCCGAUUAGGGUUUCCCGAAUCCUGGUUCGUCGGGCUGGCCGAUCGUCGCGGCGAUCCGCGCGCGGAGCUCCGAUCGGUCGUCCUUACACCCGGUCGCGAUGGCAAGGUCAUGGCUUAUAACUUGUAGGGGUGUUGCCAAGAAAGUUAGAAAUGCCCACUGCUCUAAUCGCCAGAUAAGUGAAGUCGGUGCAGAAGCAUGCAGGGAAUGCCCAAACUGCAAACAUAUCAUUGAUAACAGUGAUGUUUCUAUCCAGUGGCCCGGGCUGCCUGCUGGUGUGAAGUUUGAUCCGUCUGAUCAAGAAUUGCUCGAACAUUUAGAAGAAAAAAUUGGUGUGGGAGGUUCAAAGCCUCACAUGUUCAUCGAUGAGUUUAUUCCAACUGUGGAGAAUGAUGCAGGGAUCUGCUAUUCACAUCCUGAAAAUCUUCCUGGCACAAACAAAGAUGGAAGCAGUGCCCAUUUCUUCCAUAGUAUUUCAAAUGCAUAUGGGUGUGGCCAGCGCAAGCGUCGAAGGAUCAGCAGCAGUGAUCGGACCACUUCUGAUGAGCAUGUGAGAUGGCACAAGACGGGUAAAUCAAAACCCGUAUAUGACAACGGUGUUAUGAAAGGGUGGAAAAAAAUAUUGGUUCUGUACAAAGGUUCACAAACAGGUGGCAAACCUGAUAAAACUGACUGGGUGAUGCAUCAGUAUCAUCUGGGAGUAGAGGAAAAUGAAAAGGUUGGGGAGUUUGUCGUUUCCAAAAUAUUUUAUCAAUUGAAGACAAGGCCGGUGGACAAGUCCGAAGCAGAAAUGGCUAAUGAAGAAUCUACUGCAUUUACUGCAAGUAUUUGUCCGAAAACUCCCAUGACAAAGAUCCCGCCAUGUCGCCCAAAGAAUAGUCCAUGUGAGACUGAGCAGAAUGAUCCCGGUCAGGAAGAAGAAACGGUUAGCCUGGCGGAGAAUGCUAAUAACCCUGCAUGGUGUGCUUUAUCAUCUCAGCCUGUUGAGGUGGCACUUGAGGCUGGGACUUGUAGCCUAGACAAGUCUCUGCGUCAUCAUGAAGUUUUGGAUUCCUCCAAUCUUGAAAACAGUACAUUUGGCAGGCCAAUCCUUUCUCAACUCAUGAAUGAGACACUUAACAAGAACCUAUGUGCGCUUCAUGGAUUGCCUGAUCUCCAUAAUGUCAACCUUGGAACAGCACCUACAGAUCUUCAGAUUACUAAAGGAGAAAAUGUUAGCUUGGUGGCUGAUGCUGAGAACACUGCAUGUUGUUCUUUAGCGUCUCAGGAUGUUGAGGUGACUUCUCAGGCUGGGACUAGCUUGGUUGAAUCUCUCCUUCAUCAUGAGGUUUCAGAUCUCCAUAAUGCUAACCUUGGAACACCUAGAGACCUUCAGAUUGCUAAAGAAGAAAGUGUUAGCCUGGUGGAUGAAGCUGAGAAAUGGUGUGGUUUAGCGUCUCAGGCUGUUGAUGUGGCAUUUCAUGCCGGGACUAGCUUGGACGAAUCCCUGCGCUGUCAUGAGGUUUUGGAUUCCUUCGAUCAUGAAAAGAGUCUUACAUUUGACAGGCCAAUCUAUUCCCAAGGCAGGGAUGGGGGACUUGAAAAUAACCUUUAUUCACUUAAUGGAUUACCUGAUCUCCAAGGUGUCGACUUUGGGACACCGAUAGAUGAUCUUCAGGGGUUGCAGUUCUAUUCACAGGAAAGCCUUGGCAGCUGGUUGGAGCGCAUGUAGAUUGUUAAAGAAGUGGACGAUCGAAGAUCAUCUCUUUUCCAUCUAGUAUGAUUAUGGUGGCAACAUUUUUGGUAUCAAGUUGGAAGAUAGAAGCUGUGCGAUCGUAUCAGUGAUGCUUUAGACUAUUGAAGAGUCUGCACAAACACCUGAACACCUCUUUUGUUUCCUGAAAACUGAAAAGACAUGUAAAAGCGUUGUUGUUUUCCCGCUUUUGCGAAAAGUGUGGUGGAAAUCUGGAUUAAGUUAGCUCUUUGUAUGUGUGCAGUUCAUGUAACUGCAGGAGUUUCUUACUUGUCUCAACUCGCAAUUUUUGUGGUGCCUGGAUAACCUGGUUAUGAGAAACGAUGGAACCGUAUGUGAUGUGAUUAAUGUGAGCUGCACCUUGCUGAA